AUGAGGCUCCUUACCAUUGUUGCAGCGGUCGCUGCAUUGUCUUCCGCAACUCCGGUUCAAUCGCCAGAGCUCGUCGCCUUGGAAGCGAGCUUCGCGGAGCAUAUGCCAACCAUGAAGGAGAAGCGUCAAGGUUCGUCUUCCAACGACGUAGUCAGUGGCGCCUGUCGAGACGUCUUCUUCAUCUUCGCUCGAGGGUCCACCGAGCCCGGGAAUAUGGGCCUCACAGUUGGCCCUGUCACAUGCUCGGGCCUGAAAAUCACCCUUGGUCUGGGGAGCGUUGGGUGUCAAGGCGUUGGCCCCCAGUACAGGGCGAGUGUCGGGGACAACCUUCUACCGGCGGGCACCUCGUCGGCCGCGAUCAACAACGCCGUGAGCUUGUUCGAAACUGCAAGCAGACGAUGCCCUGACGCAACCCUUGUCUUUGGAGGCUACAGUCAAGGUGCCGCUGUCAUGCACGGUGCGGUGUCCCGUCUCUCCAGCGCCAUCAAGGCGAAGACAGUUGGCGGAGUUCUGUAUGGCGACACCCGCAAUUUUGAAGAGGGCGGAGCGAUCGAUAACUAUCCGAGGAAUGAUGUCCUCAUCAUCUGCCGGCUUGACGAUGGUGUCUGCGGCAUAGGUCUGGUGGUUACAGCUGGCCAUCUCUUGUACACUACUGACGGCAGUGUGACCCGUGGAGUUUCCUUCCUCGCUGGGAAGGUCCGAGCUACACGUUAA